GCCUACAAGAUCUACGUCCACGACUCCGCUCCGUCCUGGACGCUGUCUCCCUUCCAGGAGUCCACCACCGCCACGCCCGAGGCUAGCACUACCCCCAAAAUCCAUACUACAACAUAUUCCACUGAGCGAUCUGAGCACUUUAAGCCAUGCAAAGACAAGGAUCUUGCAUAUUGUCUCAAUGAAGGGGAAUGCUUUGUGAUUGAAACCUUAACAGGAUCACAUAAACACUGCCGGUGCAAAGAGGGCUACCAAGGAGUUCGCUGUGACCAAUUUUUGCCGAAAACCGACUCAAUCUUGUCAGAUCCAACAGACCAUUUAGGAAUUGAAUUCAUGGAGAGUGAAGAAGUGUACCAGCGCCAGGUGCUGUCUAUUUCCUGUAUCGUCUUUGGCAUAGUCGUAGUGGGCAUGCUUUGUGCAGCGUUCUACUUCAAAACAAAGAAAGAAACAAAGCAAAUUCAUGAACAGCUGAAAGAAACACAGAAUAGAAAAACCUACAGCCUAAAUGCUUCCAGCAUGAUGGCAAAGUCAGAGUGUAUGGCACAAAGCCGAGUCCAGCUGCAACAUUAUUCAAAAGCAGAUAGGCAUCCUGGGCUGGACAAAGUUAUGGAGUCUAGUUUUUCAGGCCCUCCGUCUUUCCCUGAGGCCUUGUCUCCUGACAGAGGAACCCAACCCAUCAAGCAACACAGAAGUCUGUCUUCAUGCUGCAGCCCAGGACAAAAAGGUGGGAUGCUACAUAGAAAUGCCUUUCGGAGGACUCCUCCUUUACCACGCGGUAGGUUCAAUGGAAUUACAGGACCAGCUUAUCAACAGCUAGAAGAGUCAAGGAUCACAGACCAGGACACAGUACCUUGUCAACGGUAUUCAUCCAGUGGUUUGAAAACUCCUCAGAAUACUUCAAUAAAUAUGCAACUGCCUUCAAGAGAGACAACCCCUUAUUUUAAUAACGUGGAUCAGAAGGACUUGGUUGGAUAUUCAUCUUCAAGGGCCAGCUCAGUUCCUAUCAUCCCGUCUGUGGGCUUGGAUGAAGCCUGCAUGCAAAUGCAAAAUGUUCCUGAAGUAACAGGCAUCAAAUGGUGCAAAAACUCCUAUUCAGCUGAACUUGUCAAUGUGAGUUCCCCAGUCAGUAAUUGUGUUAUAGCAGAACAACAUGAAGUGAAAAUAUUGCUAGAAACUGUCCAGGAGCAGAUUCGAAUUCUGACUGAUGCAAGGAGGUCGGAGGACUACGAACUGGCAAGCCUAGAACCAGAGAACAGUGCAAGUGAAAACACAGCAUUUCUGCCCAUGAGCCCCGUGGCCAAAUCGGAACGAGAGGCACAAUUUGUCUUAAAAAGUGAUACACAAAGAGACUCAGUAUUGACCAAGUGACUUUGUGUGGGGGUUGUGGGAAGGGAAAUAAGAGAUCGGUACAUUUGAUGCUUUGCUAAACAGGAAAGGAGGAAAUUAAAUACAAAUUAUUUAUAUGCAUUAAUUUAAGAGCAUCUACUUAGAAGAAACCAAAUAGUCAAUCGCCCUCAUAUCAUAGUGUUUUUUAACAAAAUAUUUUUUUAAGGGAAAGAAAAGUUCCAGGAGGGAUGAAGCUUACAUCGAGUGCUUUCUAGGCAGGGUUUUACAUACAGUUUCAGUUACAGAGCAUUUUAAAACUGUCCUGUUUGGCUGUUAUGAAGGCUUAGGCUAUGCAUAUUUUUUUCAAUAAAGGCCAAGAUCAUUCUUAGAUUCAUGAGUGGUUUCAGGGUAGUGCUGCAGUCAGCUGCUGACCAGGGACUCGUACCCUGGUUAGCCAGGCCCUUCACACGAGCCUGGGACGCUGUUCUCCUCUUCUCUUGGCUCCAGGUUCAUAGCAUGAACGCAGACCCACAAAGACCAACUCCUUGCCCAACUUCUGUGGUUUGGCACCAGCUGUGGAAUGACAAUAAAUCCCUAACUGAGCCAGAUGCUUAACUGUCUCCCUUACUUUAAUAUGCGAGUAAGCCCAAGAAAGUCAAUGGAAACUUGUAGGAGCUUUGGGUUGGGGAAUUGUCCUGUGGGAUUGGGGCCUGCUGCGAGGCAGGGGUCAGGAGAUGGGAUCAAUGGAGAGAGAGGAGGAACGGGAGAAACUGGAAGUGCAGAAGCAUGUAUCAUGGCAGGUUUGGUUUUGUUUGUUUUUAACAGUGGGAAUGUAAACUCCAUUGUUCAUUACAAAACCCUCAACCCGUUUCUGAAUUGUUAUACUUUGAAGGCAUUUGUAAGCUCCGAGGAGCACUUCUGAGUGUGUGUGUAUUUUUUUUAACUCAUUUUUUAUUAUAGGUUGUUCAGAAAUGAGUCAGGGAGAUCCAAUAUGAUCAAAAUCCAGCAGAAAUGUGUUCAUGCUGCCCUAAUUUGUUCCUACUUUAAGUUCUCCAGUCACUUUAAUUAAUGAUGGCUUAGGCUUGUGAACUUUAAAGCUUCAACCCUGCAGAUGGUUCAGUAUGGGCAGACCCACAGACAUACACAUAUCUGACUCUAAUGGGCUAUACAAGAGCAGAUGGUUUCCACCAAAUCAAUCCCUGCAGGGGAUCAAAGCCUUACAGAAGAACUGUCAUUUCCUGGUUGCAGUAUCCCGAGCACGUUAUAAACAUUUUUUUGCGUUUUCUUUCUUUUAAGUCCCUCUUCGCCCCCAUACAAUUGUAACAUAUUAUGUCAAUAAUGCAAUGAAUUGGGUUCUGUGACACACACAUUCCUGUUUUUAUUAUUAUUAAAAUAUCUGCUUAAAUUACUUGUGGGGAAAAAAGAAAAUGAACUAUAGUAAAUAAUUACCAAAUAGCCUUCCCUGGUUAAUGUCAGAAGAAUGAUUAAAGAAGAAAAUUACAGUAUAUACAGAUUGUAUAAAGAAUAUUCCUUUGCAGCAAAUUAACUCUUAAAUUGAUUAGAUGUGCCCCAAACUUUCCAGGUCACACGUCUCAAGACUUCUCAAAAUAGCACAAUUGAUCACACAGUGCUGUUGUAUGUUGAGUCAGAAUAAAGCAAUAUUUUAACCUCUGUCAAGUAAAUUUGAAAAAGAAAUGCUGAAAGUGUAUGUCAUUCAUUUUGUCCCCAGUUAAGGCAUUAAAAAAAAAAAAAAAACUAUUCACAAGUCUUACUUAGCAAGUCUUAUUUGGGAGGUUUUGUUCAUUUUUUUUUUUUUAAACAAAGUUGAUGAAAUUGUCUUGUUUACAGAACUUUCUAUAGCUGUAAUCUUUGCUGUGUGUUUUCAAUAAAAAUAUAUUUGAGGGCAAACUGUGCUUUAUGCCUUGGGAUGGAGCAUGCCUUGUUCUGACUCCCUUCUUCAAAGCUCUGUGCACUGGGCCUAGAUUUUAAGGUGAGAUCACCCUGCGGAGUGCUCCCUCAUGACAUUUUUCUACAAUGUAUUGUGGCUGGGCACAGUCCUACUGUCCAUGGGCUGAGCUGAGCGUGGCUGGUGUUGACAUCAAGCCCACAGCAAAUAAACCCUCUGAAAAGCAAGAUAUAUUAGGUGGAACUCAGCUUCACAUCUGUGCAAUUGCCUGACUUUUGUAUCGGUGCUGUUUACAUCCUGCCGGCUCAGGACAUGAGCAAAGUGAGCUCACAUCUGCCUGUGCUAAGCCUUGUGGACACACCUGUAAUGCAGAGAACUGCUACUAUAAAAAGCUCUGAUGCUGUAAUUUGUGAAGUGUGUUCACAAUUAAUUAAUUCUUCACCAUUAACUGUAUUGAAAGAUGGUCUCUCUGCAAUAAAGUGCAGGAUGCUGGCCUAAACACGUUUCACAUUGAAAUCUAUUCAGUCCAGAUGCAAGGCCCACUUGCCCCCAAAUCCUACCAAACUGCAAAUUCACCUUUGGAAAUGUAUUGGAAACACACGGCAAGAUUUCUGUUGAAGAAAGAACUAUACCAUAAGUGAUGCCUUUUAUUAAGAGAAUGUGUUCACUUAGCACCCUCAAAAGACCCAGAAACGGUUGAAGAGCAAUGUAUUUCAGAGAAUGAAGUGUUUGAUUGAGUCAUAGGUGAAGAUCUGAAACGGUGAGGAAUCUUCAGUUUAUGUUAGAGAUGCGAUCUUGUAUUCAGCAAAGGAUGUGUGACUGUUACAUGUUAACUGUUCUAUUCAGUUUUCGGCAUGUUUGAAUAGAGAGAUGCUAAUACUAACCACA